CGUCAUCAUGAGGAACUUCAUUUUGAAAAGUCUGGAUGACCGGAAGACGUAUUUGUCAUCCAGGGAGCGAGGAUAAACUAGCAUAAGCUUGCAAGUUUAUGUGUCAACUAAUAUAGAGAACGGAGGAUGAGCAGCUCAGAGGAGGUGUCCUGGAUAUCCUGGUUUUGUGGACUGAGAGGGAAUGAGUUCUUCUGUGAGGUUGAUGAAGACUACAUACAGGACAAGUUUAACCUAACAGGUUUGAAUGAGCAGGUGCCUCACUAUCGGCAGGCUUUGGACAUGAUUCUUGACCUGGAGCCAGAUGAGGAACUUGAAGAUAACCCCAAUCAGAGUGACUUGAUAGAGCAGGCAGCAGAGAUGCUCUACGGGCUUAUACAUGCACGUUACAUUCUCACAAACAGAGGCAUUGCACAGAUGUUGGAAAAGUAUCAACAAGGGGAUUUUGGGUAUUGCCCAAGAGUCUAUUGUGAGAAUCAGCCAAUGCUUCCUAUUGGUUUGUCAGACAUCCCCGGAGAAGCAAUGGUGAAGCUUUAUUGUCCAAAGUGCAUGGAUGUUUACACCCCCAAAUCCUCCAGACACCACCACACAGACGGAGCCUAUUUUGGGACAGGGUUCCCUCACAUGCUGUUCAUGGUGCACCCAGAGUAUCGUCCAAAGCGACCAGCCAACCAGUUUGUGCCAAGGCUAUAUGGUUUCAAAAUUCACCCAAUGGCUUAUCAACUCCAACUUCAGGCCGCAUCAAGUUUCAAGAGCCCAGUCAAGACAAUUCGCUAGAACUCCGCUUUAACAAACAGUGGAUUCAAAGACUUUGUUGUUUACUACUUGUUUGAAGCAAUGGAUUAUAUAGUCCCAGUGAAUGCCUAUACAGUUCCCCAAACUCACCUCUGUGUUGAUAGACACUUUCAGAUUCAGACAUUUCCUCUCUCUUUUAGUGAAACACCGUUACAGUUGAGCAGGUUAGUUUUUCUGUAUUAAACAUGUAAUUAUUCCCAAAUGGCCAUUCUCCUGAUACAGUGUUCAACUUUAAUUGAUGUCAGUCCAUCUUUUUGCAUUUUAGGGUCGUUUCUCCGAGACAGAAAAGUGGCUUUACCUCUGAUAACGAAAGCUACAGUGUGCUUUGUGGCUUAAUUGAUUGAAUGUAAAUGAAAGGUUACCGGUUUGCCUUAUCAGUGAUAUAGUCAGUCAUUACUUUUGAAAGUUAAUUGAAUAGCAUAAAAUCAUAUUAACUCAUGCUCCAGAACUGAUUUUGGAAUGUGCAUAAGAUUUUAUUCUGUUAAGACGAAGCAUUUUAUUUGAAAACAGCAAUAUGGUCAGGUGCUAUUUUCAAGAAACAAUAAAUACCAAUUUAGAGGUAGAAAGUAAGACCUUUGACUAAAAAUUGACCUAUGCUUGACUUAAAUUUUAUUACGGUGUCAGUGGCUAUGUAUGUGCUUGUUUAGGCAACUGUAACCAUAUUUUCCUGAUAAUCCUGUAUUUGUAGUUUAAUCAUGUUUACAUUAUGGUAUUACAAUCUAGACAGAUGUGACAUUCUCAAGAGUUUGGUGAUGAUUUAAGUUGCAGCAGCAACAUCUACUCUGGAACAAGUCAAUCGCAUUAAAUAUUUAUUUCUUA